AUCACUUUCACAAGCUGAGUUCAGAGAGUUUCUGCAGCCAAUAAUAUGCGAAGAUUACAACCAGACACGCCCACUACUGUUGACGCUUUCAUUUCGUUCCAGGAAAUUGAAACGUUUGUUUUGUUUCUGCUGGAGAGAGAGGCAGCUGUAGCUGCUGCUGAUUUUACAGCAUUUUAUCAUCUGCUGUUGAGUAAGGUUGGGUUAAAAUGUUUUUUGUUAGUUUAUUACCUGCAUUGAGUUCUGAAACAGAGUCCCUUUUCUGUUUUAUUUAAGAACUCAGACAGACUGGAGCGCGAAAGUUACUCCUUGGAAAAGUAAAACGAGUCUGCUGUUUGUUUUCUUUCAUUAUCGCAUCGGAAGAAGUGCUGAUUUUAUAUGAAUGGGAAUUCUUAAACAAAUAAUACAUUAAAAUCAAACAGGAUUCCGCUACUCGAGUCUCAAGCUAACAGUCAGUGAAGAUGGACGUCAGCGUCUCCGUGUCGUUCUUUCAAGACGAGCUCGCCUCUACCAUCGAGCACGCAGUGAAAGCGGCUGUAGACACCGUCUUGUGCCAAAUCACAAAAGUUGUCGGCGGCAAAUUCACUGAAUUCCAAAUGGAAAUGGCUGGAAAGGAGAAAGAGAAUGAAAGUCUGAAGCUGAGAUUGGAAAUAUCAGAGAGCGAGUUGAAAGCGGUGCGGGAAUGCAUGAACGCUGCAGAUGCAGACAUUAAACAACCUCUCAGAAACAUGAACCCCGACUGCAAUGAACAAGACUUUCAGAGGAAUGAGAACCAGGGAUUAUUUCAAGAUCCCAAAGAGAGGCAUGCUAUGUCUAAAUUUGAAGCACAGAAGAGGCCAAGGAUAGAAGCAGUUUACGCACAAGAGGAGUCCUUUGACCAGGAGUGGUGUUCAAGUCUAAAGCAGGGUACAGAGCUGACAUGUGUUAAAGAUGAAGAGGUCCCUCGACUGGAAUGUGUUCCUAUUAAAGAGGAAUUCAUAGAACAGGAAUGUGCCCCCAUCGCAGAGGAAGUUCCUACUGAAAUUAAUGUCUUUACACUUGAGGAGAACAACCAGCUGGGAUCCAGUCUGUAUGAUGAUUGUCCUCCUGAAUGUGAACUGGGAUUUAGAGCUGCUAAAGAGAAUCACACAGGUGGGACUCCAUUUCCCUGUGCUUAUUGUGGGAAGAGUUUCAGUCGUUCAUCACAGCUUAAAAUCCACCAGCGCGUUCACACAGGAGAUAAACCUUAUCACUGCAAUGAGUGUGGGAGGAGUUUCACGCAGUUACAAAAUCUUAAAAGACACCAGCGCAGCCACACAGGAGAGAAACCUUAUUGUUGUACUCAGUGUGGGAGGAGUUUUGCUGUGUUACAAAAUCUUAAAAGACACCAGCGUGUUCAUACAGGAGAGAAGCCUUAUCACUGCACUGAGUGUGGGAAGAGAUUCACACAGUUAGGACAUCUUCAGUCACACCAGCACAUUCACACAGGAGAGAAACCUUAUCACUGUGCUACAUGUGAGAAGAGUUUCACAUAUUUAAUUUCCUUGAAAACUCACCAGCGGACUCACAAAAAAUAAAUCUUAUCAAUGCAGUGAAUGUCUGAAGAGUUUCAGCCACUUAUAAGCCCUUACAAGACACCAUGAAAUUCACAGAAGAGUGAAGCCCUAUCCCUGCACUGAAUGUAGGAAGAUGUUCGGUCAGUUACAGGGUCUUGAAGGACACAAAAAAAUUCACAGAAUUUCAGCCACUUGAGGACACCUAAAAAUCAGAAGAAUAGAUUUGACUAAAAUGCAAAAACAUUUACUGAAAAUAUACAGUUUCAGAAUGGAAAUCAAAAAACUUGAAAAAACCUGAGAAUGAAUGCCAAAGGUGCAUACCUUGAAAAUGUCCCUAUAACAGGGAAGUGUUACAUGCAUUACACUGAAUAAUAAUGAGGCAGACACAGAGCAUGGGGUGUUCACACGCCACACAGGCUUGCACAUUUAAUUCAACACAGGGGCUGCCACUAAGGUACCAGCAAUGGGCAGCAGUGUGGAGUAGUGGUUAGGGCUCUGGACUCUUGACCGGAGGGUCGUGGGUUCAAUCCCCAGUGGGGGACACUGCUGUUGUACCCUUGAGCAAGGUACUUUACCUAGAUUGCUUCAGUAAAAACCCAACUGUAUAAAUGGGUAAUUGUAUGUAAAAAUAAUGCGAUAUCUUGUAACAAUUGUAAGUCGCCCUGGAUAAGGGCGUCAGCUAAGAAAUAAAUAAUAAUAAUAAUAAUUUAAUAAAGAAAACGCUGGGUUAUGAUCAUAACCAUGGUUCCCUGAAAUAGAAAUGUAACCAUUAACGAAUCGGUAUUUACCUGUAAAGAUCCCGAAACCUGAAUAGAAUUCCAAAGCGGCACGCAAGCGGCUGUGUCGCUGCCGUGCUCGCCCCCGAGAGCAGAAGAGGACUGCAGAUACAGGUGCCAGCAUCCUUCAGACAUGCUGCAGUCAUGGACACAGCGACCUUGAAGGUUAAUGGUUACAUUUCUAUUUCAGGGAACCAGGGUUAUGAUAACAAGCCAACGUUCCCGAUCAAAUAUGAAAUGUAACCAUUACCGAAUGGGUGAGUGUACCAAAGCUGUCGUAAGGGCAAUAAUGCAGCUGACCCCAAACACUUUCGUUCCAAAGCCAGGGUUUUGGGGAUUCAUGACAUUCAGUCGAUAGAAUCUUGUAAAGGUAUGGGGAGUAGCCCAAACCACUGCAUUACGAAUCUCAUUGACAGACCCUGGAACAAAGCCCACGAAGUUGCCAUGCCCCUGAUUGAAUGGCCAGCGAGCUUUUCUGGCAGCGUUUUUACUGAGCCCAGCAGCUGUGCUUGUCUGUGCAAAAGACAGAAAAACACUCAAGAAAAUAUUCUCACAAAAAACAGUAGUAAACAAUUACAGUUCAGAAAAAAUCAUUCCAAAUGUAUUUACUGAUUUAUUUCCAGCUGGAGUUUUUAGCAGUCUGUAGGAGAGCACAAGUCAGCCGACUUAAGCUGCUUGAUCCCUGGAAGGGGCAGCAGAAGCCACCGGCUCCACGCGGGGCACAAGACUGCUGCGGGAAAUAACAAGCAACAGAGUGUGUGCAAAAAUUACGUGUAAUUAGUAAACAAAAAAUGCAGCAUUUCAAAAAUAAUUAUUGCGUUAGUAGCUAAAUAUAUGCAGGUAGAAGUAACCGGUACUUGCUCUCCCAUCAGGAUCUCUGAAAGGAAAAUGAUACUGAUACCUGCGUCUGUCUGAGAGUGUAAACUAUAGCCAAUGUUUGUCUUUUCUACCAGAGCACUCGAAUAAGGAGGUACCAAACCAUUACAAAACUUUAAACACAAAACAAUACCAAUAAAAAGCCUCUGGUUCAUAGGUGAGAGCCAGCCUAAUUGUAUGUACAUAUGAAAAAAUGUAUUGAAACCUAUGACUGUAAUAAAAAAUAAGUGCCAAAAAGUAAUGCAAGUGCAGAAGUGUGCAGUACAGGUGGGCUGCAUUACUGCAAAUUGUUUCCAGUGAAGAACUCUGAUAUGCAUCUUGGUCUGUGUUUACAAGUAUGGACUGCAAAAAAUCUCAAUUUUGAGACGAUGCACCAAGGUUACGAUAUGAUACGUACCACGAUACCAUACGUAUCACGAUACUAAUGAAAAACUAAUCUCUACUUGACAGACUUGAAAAUAAUCACAAUUUCAAUUCUAUAGUGUGACAGAAAGACAGUGAUUCUUGGUGGUAAAUCUCCCUCCCGACCUGUGACAGCGCUAAGUCACGGGAACAGAGUACCCUGGACUGUUUGGCCUGACACUUCAUUCCCAGGUGUAACAGGGCGAGGAGCCCUGUACAUGAUUAUUUCUCCACCCAUGUGCGAUUUAUUAUUUUGUAUUUGUUUUGUUUUAUUAUUAUUAUUAUUAUUAUUAUUAUUAUUAUUAUUAUUAUUAUUAUUAUUAUUUGUAAAUGUGACGGCAAAGAGCUGUAUGUUUUGUAUUGUUUUGCAGUGUGGAUGGGAAGCCUCAUCCACAUUAAAAGCCUCGUGCAGAAGGAGACCAUCUCCCGAGUUAAUUAAUUGUUCCUAACUGGGAGAUGGUCACCUGCAUAUAAGCCUGCAGCUCUCUGCACUCUGGGUGGGUGUUCAGAGGAGUGAACGAGAGCGGAGGAGACCAGAGAAAUCAAAUUAAAAAUAAAUCUAGGAACAGUGAAGGCGAUGUGCCCAGCCUGACCUGGAUCAUUUUUUUUUUGUUAUUGUGUUAGUGAUAAUUGUUUUGCGUAACCUUUUUGUUUUGCUCUGUGAGCAAGUGUUUUUGUUUGAAUAUUUUUAUUUUAUUUCUGUUUAAAUAAACGGCGCCGCAGCAUCUUUUGCCCUGCAGUACGUACUUGUUUGUUUUCUUCCUGCAUCUGGCCUGACGUCACCACUCAGUCAACCCUUUUACACUAGGAUUAAAAGGAAGUCGGUCAUUUAGAAAGGGGGCGGAGCUUCAGUGCAUUAACUCAUCGACCCAGAAGGGAAAUGAUGUGGCAGCUGCGGAUUGGAGGAGCAGCUGCAAUCGUUUACCAAGGGGUCAUGAGUGACGGUAUAAGUAGGGGACGAAGCGACGUGAUCUGUUCCUUCAUUUUGGUUACAGAAAACAACCUGGACCUGAGUUUUGUGUAACUGUAUCGUGAGUGUUUGUUUCUUUGUCUCUAAUUGUGUCUUGUUAUUAGUAGAUGGCUAACACAUCCCGGAGCUGUCGCCAAGGACCAGCACAAACCAGGAACAGCACUGCACUUGUAUCACAGAUAACUGUAUCUGCACCACGAGCACUAAUUCACUCACUAACGGACUUGUGUAUGUGUUUUGUGUUUCGUUUGGGUGUAUAAAGAAUGGGGACAAACCCGGGGAUUACAAUUUAAGUAACACACGCCACUGUAUUACUUAGCAUCAUUUAUUGUUUACAGUUUGUUUUGCCAUCAGGCACUGGACAUACAAACCCAUUAAACAACUUUGCACCUGGAUUGAUCAUCUGCACCUGCACACUGUUAACCACUUUGCCACAUAUAGACACAGAUUCAGUUCAAAAUAAAUUAUAUUUAUUUCCCAUAAAGUAGUAAACCACUAGUUUGAAUUUAAAGACAAAGCAGUAUGUCAACUGUUCCUGGGAUAUCCAUUUUAGCUGAAUUAACCAAAUCUCCUUACCACAUUCCUGUGAAAGGAAAAAAAAAUACUAAGCAAUGUGUUUGAUAACUAUUAAAGUACAAACUUUGUU